AUACGACGGUAACGACGACGACGACGACAACGGCGGCGGUGACGGCGACGGCGAUUGUUGAGGGCGAGCAUCCUUGAUGUGAGAGACGCGAGUCUCGCUUACCGUGUCCUCGCGCGAACAACUUCCCAAAGAAACGGAGCGAAGUGGCCGGAAAGUGGUCAGGAAAAAGUGAUGAGGCCCUGCUUCAUAUCCGUCGUCGUCGUGCUGAUCCUGAUCGAAGCACCCCUCCGUAGCGACAGCAUCUCCUCCAAAACAGUGAAAAUAUGGGCGAACAAGUUGGGCUACGAGCUCUCGAAUUUAGGCCAAUUCGUGACGAGGGUGGAAAGGUUUAAAUCAAGUUAUAAAUCAUCAGAGGUAACAGUUACUCCACGUGACGGAAGCGCUCUAGUUCAAGAGAUCGCUAAUGACAUCAAGGGCAUGAUGGAGUCCAAGAUCUCGGCUAUCAAGAGGAUAAUGGAUGUGGCUGAAACGUCGGCGGAGUCAUCACCCGACGAGGAUCCCCCGAAGAGCUACAGCUUUAGCAACGUGAAAAACACGUUCGAAACCGAGUACAGUUCUCAUUUUGGCGGUCAAGUGAAUCUCAACAUGUCGGCGGUGCACGUGCCCACGAACGUAUUCGAAGGCGCAUCACCCGUAAUUCGAGCGAUCAAAUGGUCCGAGGCACUCGAUCGUACCUUUAUCAACAAUUACGAGCAAGACCCGUCACUGUCCUGGCAGUACUUUGGAAGUGCAACUGGCUUCAUGCGUCAAUAUCCUGCCAUCAACUGGAUCAUGCAGCCAGUGGACCUAUUCGACUGCAGAACGAGAAGCUGGUACAUCGAGGCGGCCACCAGUCCCAAGGAUGUCCUGAUCCUGAUGGACACCUCCGGCAGUAUGACCGGUAUACGACGCGAGAUUGCCAGACACGUAAUGAACAACAUCCUCGACACUCUUGGUAAUAACGAUUUUGUCAACAUUAUGACCUUCUCCAACGGAACCAUUGGGGUAGUACCGUGCUUUAACGAUACCUUGGUCCAAGCAAAUCUGGCGAACGUGCGGGAAUUAAAACGGGCCAUCUGGAAUCUCAAAACGGAAGGAAUCGCCAACUUUUCCUUAGCUUUGACGACUGCAUUCGAGUUGCUUGAAUCGUUUCGCAAUGAACGGGAAGGUGCCAGAUGCAAUCAAGCGAUUAUGUUGAUCACCGACGGAGUGCCGUAUAACUACAAGGAGAUCUUCGAGGCGUACAACUGGAAGAACAAUCCGGAUGAUCCGCUGAAGGCUGACAUGCCAGUCAGGAUAUUUACUUACCUGAUCGGCCGAGAAGUCGCAGACGUACGAGAAGUGCAGUGGAUGGCUUGCGCGAAUAGAGGCUAUUAUGUGCAUCUCUGCACUCCAGCAGAAGUGAGAGAAAAGGUAUUGAAGUACGUGCCGGUGAUGGCAAGACCCUUGGUGCUUGGUCGCACGGAUCAUCCGACUAUCUGGACGCCGAUUUAUGCCGAUGUGACGGAUCCAAAAAUGACGGACUGGAAGUGGGAACGACGUGAGAACGAUGAACAAAAGGAUCGUUUUAAGGAGUAUAACAGAAAUCGGAAGUACCUGAACAUGCAGGAGCAGGAUCAACGAUACGUGAAGAAACAGAAAUAUCGGCACGAAGAGAACGGCGACCUGCGGGAGUACAAGCUGAUGACUUCGGUCAGCAUGCCGGUGUUUGAUCGACGCGAAAAUGCGAACAUCACAAGGCAGGUGCUGGUGAACGAAGCAUACUGGGUGACAGAGACAAGAGAGACGAUGAUCGCCAAUCUCCUCGGUGUUGCCGGCACGGACGUACCGAUCGAAGAGAUUCAGAAAUUGAUGAUUCCACACAUGCUCGGCGUCAACGGCUACGCUUUUAUUGUAACCAAUAACGGUUUCAUCCUAAUUCAUCCUGAUCUUCGGCCAGUGUUCCAAGGCAUCUUAAAGCCGGCGUAUAAUAGUGUCGACAUGGCAGAGGUCGAAUUAAUGGAUAAUGAUAGAGGCCCUAGAGAAUUCGAUGAAGGAAUUAUUAUGCUUCGCAACGACGUGGUGAAUCAAACAAAUGGUAGCGUGACGCUCCACACAAAGUAUCAUUACGAUGACAUGAAACGCGUCGGCAGAAUAAAGAGGAAAUACUUUUACACGGGGAUCGCAGACACACCGUUCACCGUAGUGGUCAGCAUACCCGAGCACGAUCACACUGGAAGCUACCGCGUACACGCUACCGAGGAGAUACAUCGUUCUCACGUUAAAGGGAAAAACGUGAUAGAUUACUUCGCGGGUAGUAACUGGCGGGUGCAUCCCUAUUGGCUGUACUGCAAAUACCACUACGAGAGUGAACACAAAUUCAACUCCUCGGAGUCGCAGCUCCUGCACUUUCUGGAGCGUACCCGUCAGCCAGGCUGGAAGUGGAUCGACUUGAAGCAGCGAUCCCCCCCGCCGGAGUACUCUGCUGCGAGUUCCAGUCACAGCUCUCAUUCUAAUCCUUCGAAAGUCGAUAAGUCGAACUCAUAUUACUGCGACAGAAAUCUGCUACAGGGUCUAGUGUUCGACGCUAAGGUAACCGAAUGGUUUGCAAAUCUCAGCGCCACCCUCAAUGACACAGGACGCUAUGCACCUUUAGAAAAGCUGAUGAAUCAGAUGAACAGGAAAGAUUUUCAACAGCGUUUCGGGGUAACUGUGGCGUUCAUGGCCACUCAUAGUGGUCUAACUAGGUGGCAGGAUCUGGACGAGGACGUGUCGUCGAUGGAUGAUCAUUUUAGCAAAUUGUACCCGCGAGCCAUCGACGAAGUGUGGUACAAACGAGCAGUUGAGCAAUAUUACAUACUGCCAGAGAGCUUCGUCUUCUCUGUACCAAUCCAGAACGGUGCUGGCAAUACCACUCUUGUUACUGCUAGUCGUGCCAUAUUUAUUGAAAACGAGCGUGCAAAAGCGCCUGUCGCAGUGGUUGGAUACCAAUUCCAGUAUUCUGCCCUGCAAGCUCUUUUCCAGAACACAACAUUCAAUUGCGAUAUUAGCAAUAAGCAACAAGCGGGAUCCAGCAGUAAACAGGACAGUUGCUACAAGCACUGUGGCGACGACGGUUGGGCAUGUUACUUAAUCGAUAAUCACGGCUAUGUGGUCGUGGCUGAGGAUGACGAUGACGCCGGUAAAUUCUUUGGUGAAGUGAGAGGCCCGAUAAUGAACAGUUUGGUCAGAGAGGGUGUGUUUGAAAGAAUAAGGAUCUUUGAUUAUCAGGCGGUGUGUUCCAAGAAAGCGUUGGUUAGCAAAAAUGCCGGCAGUAUACUAUUUACGCCAUGGAAGAAUCUACAGAGAUCAAUAGCCUGGCUGAUCGCUCAGGCUGCUUGGGUCUGGGCAAAAACGGGAGUAAUGGAAUCCGAUUAUGCGGAAGCAUAUGGCUAUGUUAGAGAUGAGGAAUCGGUCACGAGAAAUGAGGAAGAAUAUCCUGAAAGCGAGGAGAAACAGUUUCCAACGAUUGAUUUAAGAGACGAAAACUAUGUGAAUAAGUUUGUUGUAAUUAAGCGUACGCGUCCAGAAGUGUGUGAUCAAGAGGUAUACCUGUACCUACGCAAUGCCUCGUUCGACACGUACGAUGUGGAAACGGACAAGAAUUGUAUACGACCGUACGUAGUACAACCGGUGAGUUACAGCAACCUCCUAAUGCUAGUAGUGAAUACUGCCUGCGGCAACACAGUGUCACCGUCGCUAAGCGUCACACCCGAGGAAGUGAUGUACGAAAACAACACGCUGGUCUGCCAAAAAGCGCUUACCGACCUGAAAAGGAAACGACCAGAAUCCUGCAUACGCUGGCACGAGCGCGAGAGCAAGAUCAAGGAUCAAUGCGGCUUGGCGACAAGCGUCAGAUCAAAUCUGCGCCUCCUGAUGACACUGUUGCUGAUGACAUGCGCGCUAACCGGAAGAAAUGUUUUCUUUCUCAGCUAAGAUGGUGUUGAAUCCGUAGCCAACAAUCGGUGUCAAACUAGUCGACAGUUAAACUCACGAUAUACCGCGAACUAAAUAGACUUUCGCGUUAUGAAAAACUUCGCCUGACGAACUGGUUGCGCGGAUAUUUGUACUUCCGGUCGUCUCGUCCAAUCGUCAGAAUUGUUAUGGUGCGAAUGCUCGAAUAAUUUUUCAUCAAAUUAUCCCGCAAUUUCUUUCAAUCGAGUCUGUUGCUCUUUCUAUCACAGAAAAUAGAAUUUCAAAUAUCGUUUCAUUGAUGAAAAAGAAACUAUGAGAGAACAGUGGACAAAUGGACAGAAAUAAUAAUAAUAAAAUAAUUUCUCUUCCCCUUUUAAAAUCUUUUUUUUAUUAAAUUUAUUAAAACAUAUGUUUUUAUGUUAAAUGCCAAGUUCGCUUUAAUUUACUUGAAUAAUUCCGCAAAUAUCAUAACAAUCCUGAUCUUGGACGUUCUGAGAUAUUCUGUGCUCUCUACCUCUCGUUACUGCGAUCAGGUUGUAAUGCGGACCCUCCAUGCGAACGCAGUCGAGUUGCCCUAGACGAAUUUAGCGUGCUAUCCGAUCCUGCCCGGUACGCCCAGUUUCUACGCGAUCAAUCAAACAACGGCGAACGCAAUUGAUAUCAAAA